UGUGUGUGUGUGUGUGUGUGUGUUAGAAAGCAUUCACUUCGAGGCACCAACAAGGAGAGGAAGACGUGGUCCUCAUGCUGAUGCAGAAGCCCCCUGACCACCACCGCGUCCAUCUACCUCCAGGCUGGAACUUCCUCCUCGUCCUUUCCCUCCUCUCUCCUCCACUAAACACAGAAGAUACUUUGCACUAACUUUUUCCUUUUUUCAAAUGAGCAUUCAUCCCUUUUAAUUGUUUUUAUUUAAUAACGAUGCACACCACGCAAAAGGACACCACCUACACUAAGAUCUUCGUCGGAGGCUUGCCCUACCACACCACCGACUCCAGUCUCAGGAAGUACUUUGAGGUGUUUGGCGAGAUCGAGGAGGCGGUGGUCAUCACUGACAGGCAGACCGGCAAGUCUCGGGGCUAUGGCUUUGUUACCAUGUCGGAGCGCUCGGCCGCCGACCGGGCCUGCAAGGACCCCAACCCCAUCAUUGACGGCAGGAAGGCCAACGUCAACCUGGCCUACCUGGGGGCCAAGCCUCGAGUGAUGCAGCCGGGUUUUACCUUUGGAGUCCCCCAAAUUCACCCUGCCUUCAUCCAAAGGCCUUAUGGCAUCCCGACGCACUACGUGUACCCUCAGGCCUUCGUGCAGCCCAGCGUGGUGAUCCCGCACGUGCAGCCCACCGCCGCCGCCACUGUGCCAGCCCCCGCCACCUCCCCGUACAUCGACUACACAGGAGCGGCCUACGCUCAGUACUCGGCCGUUAGCGCGGCGGCAACCGCCGCAUACGACCAGUAUCCCUACGCCGCCUCGCCUGCCGCCGCUGGCUACGUGACUGCCGCCGGGUACGGCUACGCAGUCCAGCAGCCUCUUGCGGCUGCCGGCGCCGCCGCUCCGGGUUCAGCGGCUGCAGCUGCCACCGCAGUUGCCUUCGGCCAGUAUCAGCCUCAGCAGCUGCAAGCAGACCGCAUGCAAUAGCAGCAGAAGGAAGUGGAGUCGACAUGCUGUGCUUCAACCAAAAACAAGAAAAAAGUCGCCGUACAAACAUGAUGAUGAUAAUUUUCUAGUAGCUUCUUUCU